CGCGGCCAAAAACUGACAGGGAAGGCCCGAGCUCUGAACCACAUGAAGGUCUUGGCGUUUAUUAGAGGUCCCCACUCUCCACAUCCCGUCCCGUCGUCAAGUGGUUUGUUACAUUCUGUGUUCCUGAAUUCCAUCAUCAAUCAGUCAACCCAACGACAACACAUUCAACAACAAACCCGACCCUAUCCGAGACACAUUCCCACCGAAUAUCUAAUCUAAUCUAAUCGAAUCAAUGGCACCGUCCCUCAUCCGCUCGCCGGUCCAGCUGCCACCGGCCGAGGCAUUGGCCCUCUCCCAGCAAGCUCCUGUCGUCCUCCAGAGCUCUCCGAGCACCGUGUCAUCAUCCGCCCUGGGUUCAUUGUUUUCCGCCACCGAGAAGCCCGAGCUAUGGAUACAAUACGAGAACUUGAUUCUUUCCUGUCUCCGAACUGGCGACGACAGGGCGGCACAAGAAUGCUACGAUCGACUUGCUGCUCGUUUCGGAAACAAUGACCGAGUCAAGGCGCUGGGAGGGCUCAUCAAGGAGGCCCAGGCCCAAAAUAAUGGCGAGUUGGAAAAGGUUCUGAAGGAGUACGACCAAAUGCUCGAGGAGAACAACACCAAUCUCCCUAUCAUGAAGAGACGUAUUGCCCUCCUUCGAUCCAUGGGCCGCCUCUCGGAUGCGGGCUCAGCCCUGAUGCAGCUUCUUGAUUUCUCCCCGACCGAUUCCGAGGCUUGGUCUGAGCUGUCGGAUCUCUACUUUUCUCAGGGGUUGUACCCACAAGCGAUCUACGCCAUGGAAGAGGUCCUGAUCCUGGCUCCAAACGCAUGGAAUGUACAUGCCCGACUAGGCGAACUGCAAUACAUGGCCGCCACUGCUUCGGGUGCCACUGGUGCACCCUAUCAGAAGCAGAUGGCAGAGGCCAUCAAGCGUUUCUCGCGCAGCAUUGAGUUGUGCGACAAUUACCUGCGAGGUUAUUAUGGCUUGAAACUGGUCACAAAGAGACUGUUGAAGGACAAUGCCAAGCCGGCAAAGCAGUCUGACGAUGAAGACUUCUCUCUCCCAGAUUCCAACACCAUUGAGCGGCUGAAUGAACUGGCCACAGCCAAGUUGGCCGAGAUUGUCCGACACAGCAGUGCGCAAGACCGCGGUUGGAGGGGGUACGAUGCCGCCGAGGUUGCAGCAGCGCGGGAGCUCCUCUCCGAGGAUGCGCCCUCGGGGAUGGAGAGGUGA